AUGAUGAACUCCAGUCAAAAACACCAUACGCGAAGACUUGAGGAGAAGAUUGAACCAGCCACAUGACGUGCCGGUCCAAUCUGCUGGAAGAGGGGGAGCCGCGGGAAAACCUCUGGGUUCGGACACCGAGCAAGCAGCGCCUGAAACCACGGCUGGGCCGGGCCACCACAGAACCAAAAGGACAACUCUCCCCUGGUAAGUCUCCAAGCGAGUUAGGACCUGGAGCAACAACUGAAUCGGGGAAAAGAGGUACAGGAACCCCCACCUCGACGAGUCCUGCUGAAAGGCAUCGACUCUGCGGCCUCCCAGUCGGGGAAGGGCGCCACAUAGAAGGGAAGGGGAUGCGACCACGCCGACGUGAAGAGGUCCACCUCGGGGCGUCCGAACGUCUGGCAAAGCCAAUGGAAGGAGUCGGCGUCGACCAUCCAUUCCAUGGAAAGGGGAACAAAACGAGACAGGCCGUCCACCAAGACGUUGAACACUCCCUAAGAGACACUGCCGGGCCACAACGACCCGCGUAAGGCGUGUGAACACGCGAGGUGCCAGAUUCAACCCGAAUGAGAGACAACGAAAGCGG